UUCAGUUUAAUACCCAACAGAUUUCCAGAUCUACAGCAGCGUACAGGUGCAGAUCUACAGCCGGAGCAGAAGAUACGCCAGCUUUUCCUCAGAGACGUACACAGAAGAACAGAAGUGUACAGGUGCAGCUCUACAGCCAGAGCAGAACAGACGACACGUUUAUCCAGUGACACAUCUCUACACAUUUCUACACAGCAACAACUCAUUCCAACUGAUACUGUUGUCAUGAAUCAUUCCAGGGCUCACAAUUUGUCCUGGUUUUUAAACCAAAGACAAUCCUUGCAUCCAGUCCAAAAACCACAACCAGCACCAGCACAACAACCAGCACCAGCACAACAACCAGCACCAGCACCAAAUACUGAAAUGGAUAAGCCAUGGCGUCAGAUAAAAUGGAGUGAAGAUUUUAAGAAACCGUUGUUGAAAGAACUAAAGGAUUUCCAGCCUGGUACAGAAGUCAGUGAGAUAAAGAUUCUUCUUCAUGGACCAAUUGGAGCAGGAAAAUCGAGCUUCGUCAACUCCAUCAACACAGUCCUCCGAGGAAAAAACAGUGCUAGUGCACUGGCAGAUUCAUCAACUGGUCAAAGUCAAAGCUUCACUUUAAAGUUUAAAACUCACAGGCUGAAGAAAGAUGGACCUGGAAAGUUCUAUCCAUUUGUCUUUACUGAUAUCAUGGGUCUGGAAGAAGAGAAGUCAAAAGGCGUGCAAAUUAAAGAUAUAAAGAAAAUCUUAAAGGGUCAUGUGAAAGAUGGAUAUAGUUUUAAUCCACUAAAACCAAUUGAAAAAGGUGACCUGAGUUACAUCACUAACCCCAGUCUGAAGGACAAGGUUCACUGUCUGGUCAGUGUUCUACCAGGAGACAGAAUCUCCUUCAUCAGUGAUGGUGUUAUCCAGAAAAUGAGAGAUGUUCGGGAAAAGGCACGUGACUUGGGGAUUCCUCAAGUGGUCAUCAUGCCGAUGGUGGACAGAACAUGUCCUCUAGUUAAGGAGAACCUGAGUAAGAUCUACACCAGCAAAAAAAUUAAAGAGAAGAUGGAAGAGUGCAGUAAUAAACUGGGAGUCCCGAUGAACUGCAUCUUUCCUGUGCAGAACUACCACGAGCAGAUCACCAACGACCUGCACAUGGAUCUUCUGGUUCUCAUGGCCAUCACUAACAUUGUUACAUUUGCCAAUGACUACAUUGAAGACCAGGUGUACAAUUCCAGUGAGGAUAAAAAAGAGUAGGUUCAGUGUGAAUCAUUUCUACAUUCUAAUUGUUUAAUCUGCAACACAGAAGCAACGUAGAACUGGACAGAUUCAGGAAUUAACAAUAUGAAGAAAGAUGUACUGAGAAACGAUUACAACUUAUGUUUAAAUGUUAUACUUUAUUAAAUGAAAAUAUUAUAUUUUCUUACAAUACAUUUUAAACUAUGAAAACAAUGACAAAUAAACAAAGACAACAAUUAAAGAAGAUUAACCACUUUAUUGUAUUACUGAUUUAAUGAUGUUACUGUAAUCAUGUUUUGUCUUCUUUCUGAUUUUUAUAUGUACAAUAAAGAAACAAAUUAAAUAUUGAUGCAGUUCAGCAGUGAGA